AUGGCCCUAAGCAUUGUUGCAGCCAUCUUCAUGGCAUCCCUAUCAUUUAACCAAUUUUUUGGCUCAAUGGACACAGAAAUUCUCCCAGCUGAUAAGGCCUCACACAACAUCCGUCCGGCCCGCUAUGAGCCGCUAUAUUUUCGGAUUCUCAUAGUGGGCCGUGCCAGCACUACCUGCCCAGGCGCUAUUGGCCACUACGAAGCCUAUUCAUAG